UUUUUCAAUGGAAGAAAUGAAAAACAAAGUUGUUCUAAUAACUGGGGCUUCCAGUGGAAUUGGCGAAGGACUAGCUUGUGCAUUUGCUAGACAAGGAGCAUCUUUAUCACUUUGCGGGCGAAAUGUAGAAAACUUAAAAAAAGUUGCAGAGAAAUGUGUUUCUGAAGGCGCAGCAAAGACUAUUCAAGUCGUAGCAGAUGUGAAAAACGUUAAAGACAUGGAACGAAUGGUGGAUGAAACGGUCGCAAAACUUGGUCAGAUUGAUGUUCUUAUCAACAAUGCUGGAUACGGUUGCAAGGGUGGUAUAGAAAACGGAACGCUCGAGCAAUUCGACGAGGUGUUUUCCGUGAACUUAAAGGCGCCUUAUUAUUUAAUGCAACUGUGUUUACCACAUCUUAAAAAGACGAAAGGUUGUGUAAUCAACUUAUCAAGCUGCUAUACGAAUAUGUUUGUACCGGACGCCGUGCAUUACAGCAUGACGAAGGUUGGACUUGACCAUCUUACUAAAUGUGCAGCUAUAGAACUUGGUAAAUAUGGGAUUCGUGUCAACAACGUAAAUCCUGGAUUAGUGGUGACAGAAAUGGUAAAAGCGAAUUGGAAACCCGACGAACUUGAAGCAUUCUGUAAAGAUUUCUUGAGUAACACCCCACUUGAGAAUGAAUCUUUGAGCAUCCAGGAGGUUGCUGAUGUUGUGAUCUUCUUGACAUCCUCCGCUGCAAAGAGCAUCACUGGAACAUGUCUUCCGGUAGAAAAAGGAAGAAUUUUGAUGGGAAAUUAGAAAAAAAACAACCGCAGUAUACAUUUACUUAUAUGCUAAAUGUUUUAUCUAAAUGCAUAUAGGCGUUCUUGAGAGUCGGUAUAUACGGACUCUUGACGUAUACUCUAUAUAUGUAACAGGGUGCUGCUUUUUUGCAAUGUUUUUACUAACAUAUUGAAAUUUAUAUCUGAACAAAAAAAUCCAAACUUUUUUAUCCCUUUUAAAUAUCCCUUAUUUUAAAUUAUUAUACACUAUAGGCCUAUACACGUAUUAUAUGUUGCGUCGUAGACGGUUAAUCCAUAAAUAUUAAACUAACAAAGUUUGCACUUA